UACCUCAAGGGGUAAUUUGCAUGUGUUCUAGAUGAAUAUUCAAAAUAUCCUGUGAAUAUUCAUGAGCUGUAGCAACACUGAGGAGCGGGAAUCCCUUUUCCAGGGAAUUUUAAAAGGCAGGAUUGAUCCUUUGCCUCUCUCCCGUGAGUAAGGGAAGAAAACAUGGAAUUUAAUGAGGCUGGACAGGGUCAGAACAGGUUGGACCAGCUGGAGCAGCCUCUCCAUCCCUGGAAUUAUUCCAGGUGUGGCUGGAAUAAUGGAGCUUGGAGCAACCUGGGGUAGGGAAAGGUGUCCCUGCCUAUGGAAUGAGAUGAAUUUAAGGUUCAUCCCAACCCAAACCAUUCCAUGGUUUUGGUUUUUUUUUGGUGAAAUCUCAUCCUGGGAGGGUUUAGUGGAGAAGGCAGAGCUGGACUUUUCCCAUGGAAGCACAGUGAGGGAACCAGGGAUGAGCAGGAAUGCGGGAAACCGGGUUAGGUGGAAUUUUGAAUCACCGCGAGGGUGAUUAAACACCUGGAAAAAGGGAGCAGGGAAGUUUUGGGAGAGGCUCAAACUCACCCGGGCGAGGCUUUGAGCGCGGGGUUCCAUCCAAAACCUCUCCCAACCCUCGGAUUCUUCGGGAAUUCUUCGCCAACACUCACAAAUCCCCGCUGCUGUGACUCUCCCAACCCAGGGGGAACCUGCCAUGUCCAACCUCCCGCCUCUGGCAGCCGACAGGAAUUGCUUCUACAUCCUGACUGAGGACUGUGCCUAUGGAAACAAGUACUUCCAAGCCGGGAACCUGUGCUUCUGCAGCGAGAGGAGCUACCUGCGGAAUUUUUCCGAGGAUGGGCCCCCGGCUUGCUUCCUGAAGGUCAUCAUGCUGGACGACAGCUCCACGGUCACCAUCAACCUGGGAAUCCUGCAGCCCGUGCGCCAGGAAGCCGCCGGGUUCCUGCUGGCCAUCGGGAGCCACAGCGAGCGCUUGCAUUUUUUCCUGGAGAGGCAGAGCCUGGAGGGAGCUCUCCGAGCCGUGCCGGGUCAAAAUGUGAUGGUGGAGGUGGAGAGGGAAUUUUUCCCGGGAGUCGUGCGCUACAUCGGGAGCAUCUACAAGCCCAGCCUGGCUGUGCUGACCCCGGUGUUUUUUGGGGUGGAAUUGCAGGGAGAGGGGGAAAACAGAGGGAGAAGUGAUGGGUCCUACCACGGCACCGAGUACUUCAAGUGCAAGAGGAACUGUGGGAUCUUCCUGCCCUUCAGCAAAAUCCAGUUUAUUCCCACAUCAGGCAACGAUUAUGGGAAGCAGAAGCUGGGAAAACAGGACACGGAGGAGGUGGUUCCUGUGAAAGUGGGAGACGCCGUGAGCUUCUUCGUGGAUGAGAUCCCCACCAAAGGAAUUGCCAUGGCAGUUUACAGGGAAGGGAGCAAAUGGUUUGUGAAGGUUUGCCCGGAAGAAGAAGGAACGACUGACAUUUUCAGGGAAAUCCCCAUGGAAUCUGUUGUGAAGGAGAGCUUGCAAAGUUUUUUCCCAAUGUUCAACUCCGACGUGGGCUUUGGAAAACCAAACCAAACGAAAGGAGAAAUCAGCGAGAGCAGCGAGGAAGGGGAAGGUGGGAAUUCACCCCUGGAAGUGAAUUCCAUGGUCCAGAUUACCUUGGACAAGGGGAAUCAAGUUUCAGGAAUCAUCCGCUGGUUGGGCUACCUGCCCCAAAUCAAGGAAAAAAUGGCUGGAGUUGAACUGGAUGAAGACAAGGGGGUGACAGCUGGAGAGUGGCUGGGCAGGUCCUACUUCCACUGCGCCCCGAAGCGCGGCCUCUUCGUGAGGCUGAACUCCUGCCAGCCCGACGUGCGCUUCCAGAGCUUCCCCAGCUCCCAGCUGUCCCUGGGGGAUUUCAGAGGACAAGAAGUUCUUCCGGAGGGUGCAGAGAGUUUUCCUCCCCUCAGGAAUGAGGCAGCAGUCCGUGUUCUCCAAGGGCGGAUGAAGGGCAUCCAAGGCCAUUGUAAUUCCUGCUACAUGGAUGCAGCUCUCUUCAGCCUCUUCUCCUGUACCUCCGUGCUGGACUCCAUGCUCUUCAUGCCCUUCCCACUGUGUGACAGGAAUGUCCAGGGAAUUCUGCGGGAUGAGAUCGUCAAUCCCCUCCGUAGGAGUGGCUUUGUCAGGGCCAGCAGUGUGAUGCACCUCCGGGAGCAGCUCACGGACAAGGGCCAGUGCUCCAGCUUUACCAACGCUGAGAAAGAUCCUGAGGAGUUCCUCAAUCUCAUAAUGCAGCAGAUCCUGGGAAUUGAGCCACUACUAAAACUCCAGUCAGGAGGCCAGGAGCAGGGAUGUUACUGCUACCAGAUAUUUAUGGAUAAACAGGAGGAUUUGGUGGUUCCUGACGUGCAGCAGUUGGUGGAACGCUCCUUCCUGUCCUCAGAUCUGAAGCUGGUGGAGAUCCCAUCUUGCUUCAUUAUCCAAAUGCCACGUUUUGGGAAGGAAUAUAAAAUGUUCAGCAAAAUCAUCCCUUCCUUGGAGCUGGAUAUAACAGAUCUGCUGCUGGACAGUCCCAGGGAAUGCUGCCUGUGUGGGGAUGUUGCCACUCUGGAAUGCUCAGAGUGUUUCAAGGACAAAGUGUUUGCAGCCACGGGCCUGAAGCAGUUCUGCAGCUCCUGCUCCAAACAGGUUCACUCCCAUCGCCGCCGCAAAGCACACAAACCCAGGAAGCUGCACAUUCCAGAGGAAUUCCAGAGCUGGAGCACCCGGGGCUGCCAGCAGGUGCCUCGGGAGAAGCUGGAGCUGUUUGCAGUGCUCUGCAUCGAGACCAGUCACUACGUGUCCUUCGUGAAAUACGGCCCUGGCAACGAGCACUGGAUGUUCUUCGACAGCAUGGCUGACCGGCACGGCGGUGAAAACGGCUUCAACAUUCCCACGGUGACGCUGUGCCCGGAGAUCGCCAAAUACCUGGACUUGCCCCUGGCUGUGCUGGCCCUGGAGCAGCCUCGGGACAUGGACGGGGUGGCCAAACGCCUCUUUUGUGACGCCUACAUGUACCUGUACCAGAGCAGGAAAAUGGCACUUUACAAGUGACACUGUCCCAGAGCUGAUGGCAAGGAGCAACGUCAGGAAUGGGAGCUUGGAUCAUCCCAGGAGGUGGAAGCAGCCAAGUCUGGAUGCUCUGAGCUGCCUCUUCUCGCCUCUCUCGGUGUCAGAUUGUCCAAGCCAGGCUGGGUUAGUUAAAUCCUGGCUUUAUCCAGUGGUUGGUACUUGGGCACAGCUGGACUUGGAAUUAUUGAUGUUCAAAUUCAUUCUUAUUCCCCACAUUCCAUAAUUCUCCCUCUCCAGGUACUCUGCAGCUGGAGCAUCCCCACAUCCUUGUUUCCCUGCCAUUCCUUCCUUCCAAAGCUGAGGACCAGCAGAAAUCAAAACACAAGGAAUUAUCCACAGGUUUACCAAGAAACCACAACCAUUCCUAAAACACCCUCACCCACAUUUGUGGAGUGAGGAAAAUCAGGCCAGGAUUGAUUUUCCUCACCUGUGUCCCUCAAUUCCCUGCAGUUCCCUUAUCCAGCACUAACUGGCACUUUUACCCACCAUCCCUUAUUUCCAAUCAUGGAUAUCCUGAGCUGAAGCUAUGCUUUAAAAAUAGAUAUUUUUUUUUCAAGAACAAAACUGGAAGGAGGAUGGGAGCAGAGGAGCAACAUCUGGGCUCCUGCUGCUUCCUCUUUUUGGCAAAAUCUGCACAGGAUUCAGUGUUACAACCUCACUUCCAGCACUUUCUGUCCCAUCUUUGCAUCCACAUCCAAGUUCUGGGGUCAAAUACCAGAAUUCCAAGGGCAAAAAUAGAAAAAAAAUAAAAACGAGCACUCCGGGAUUUUCUGCAGGAGGUUUUAGGGUUUGGGUGCGAACUGAUGUUCCUCAAGUUAAAUUAAUUUCUGUACUUGGGGGUUCCCUGCUAUUAAGUGGGAAGUUGAGUCAGUGGGAUGCCGAAAUUCCACAAAAACCUCAAGGAAAGCAUCCAGGAUUCCCAGAUGUGCAGGUUUAACCCUGUUCCUCUCUUUUCCUCCCCUCUUUUAAUGCAGAGUGGAGUAAUUUUAACAAAGCCUGGAGCUUUGGAUCGGUCCUGGUGGCUUGGGAUGCGUGGUUUGGGAUCUUUCUGGCAUUCCAGGUGUUGCCAGCAGGUCCUGGAGGGAUUCUUUCCCUCUGCUCAGCUCUGAUAGGUCACACCUGGAAUAUUGGGUCCAAUCUGGGGCUCCCCAGUACAUGAGAGACAAAAUCCAAGGAAAAACCACAGAGAUGAUGAAGGGACUGGAGCAUCUCCUAUGAGGAGAUGCUGAGGGAGCUGGAAUUGCCCAGCCUGGAGGAAAAAAAAAAGGCACAGGAAUCUCCUCAAUAUCCAUAAAUACCUGAGGAGAAAGUGCAGAGACACCCAGGAGCUUCUCUGCCCACCAAAAUGGUUCCUAAACAUCAGGAAUUGCAUCUGUGAGGGUGACAAAUGCUGGCCCAGGUCACUCUCCUUGUUCUUCAUUCCUCCUCUCCCAAAAACUCAGGAAAAUCUCUACUCAGGUACAAUGGACUCCUCAUCUUUGGUGCUUUGCUUAAAAAAAUAAUGCAAUUUUUAGCAAACUGAUCCUGGAGUUCCUGGAGUUUUUUGGGGGUUUUUUUCUGUCUUAAAAUGGGAUACAAUGCUGUUGGAAUUCCCAGAAAUCCAAGACCAUCAGGCCAUGCUUUGUUAAGCUCUUAAUUGUUUUCUUCCCUGUAAUUUCUGCCAAGAUCCAAACCAUGGACAGAACAGCAAAGCCACAGGUUUGAUCCCUGGGGA